AUGACUAAAAGAUCGUUUUCUCAAACAAACAAUGAUAAUAAAAAUUCGACUCCUUUAAGGAGAUCAAAAAGAGAUGCGGCACCUCCAAAACGAUAUUCGUCCCCAUCACCACCACCAACUAAGAAAAGAGAUCGUCCAUUAAAGAGAGGGGCUGGACGGCCUCGAAAGAAUGUGGAUAAUGCAGUGCCACAAGUGGAAGUUAUGGAUACAUCCGAAUCCGAUAAUGAUUGUGAUCACAAUUUGGAUGUUCUCUUUCAUCCAAAUAGUCUCAUCAUGCUGGCAAAUGUGUCUGUUCAUGCCUGGCAACAAAUGGAA